UUCGACCUACCUCACGUUGUCCGAGACUCUCCCUCUAUUCCUGGUGUGGAACAUGUGGGAGGAGAUAUGUUUACUAGCUUGCCGAAAGGAGAUGCCAUAUUCUUGAAGUGGGUAUGUCAUAAUUGGAAUGAUGAAGAUUGCCUGAGGAUCUUGAAAAACUGCCACCAAGCUCUGGCAGAAAAUAAGAAGCUGAUCAUAGCAGAAUUCAUUCUUCCUGAGGUGCCCGGGGGAAGCGACGAUGCAACCAAGGGUGUGGUUCAUAUGGAUGCUAUAAUGAUGGCACAUAUUCCGGGUGGAAAAGAGAGGUCGGAGAAAGAGUUUGAGGCCUUGGCUACUCAAGCGGGAUUUAAAAGUUUUAGCAUGGUGUGCUGUGCUUUCAAUACUUGGAUUAUGGAACUUACCAAGUAGAGCUACAGCUAGCACUGUGUUUCCAAGUGUUCUAUAUAUGUAUGUAGCUUCUGUUUUGAAGUUGCAGUUAGACAUGUACAAUAAGGGCCGCAAUCCCAUGUCUGUAUUAAUGCACCCUACGUGAUAUAUAUUGCCCAAAAAUUUACUUCUGUUGUGUGAAAUAAACUUAUUUCAAAGUCUAGUCAAAAUAUAUGUAUUAAUGCACCCUACGUGAUAUAUAUUGUUAUGGCUUAUGCCCUUUUAAUUGUUGA